AUGUGCAAUUGCCAGAAUGAUGUGAAAAUGUGCAAUUGCCAGAAUGAUGUGAAAAUGUGCAAUUGCCAGCAGAAUGAUGUGAAAAUGUGCAAUUGCCAGAAUGAUGUGAAAAUGUGCAAUUGCCAGAAUGAUGUGAAAAUGUGCAAUUGCCAGAAUGAUGUGAAAAUGUGCAUUUGCCAGAAUGAUGUGAAAAUGUGCAAUUGCCAGAAUGAUGUGAAAAUGUGCAAUUGCCAGCAGAAUGAUGUGAAAAUGUGCAAUUGCCAGAAUGAUGUGAAAAUGUGCAAUUGCCAGAAUGAUGUGAAAAUGUGCAAUUGCCAGAAUGAUGUGAAAAUGUGCAUUUGCCAGAAUGAUGUGAAAAUGUGCAAUUGCCAGCAGAAUGAUGUGAAAAUGUGCAAUUGCCAGAAUGAUGUGAAAAUGUGCAAUUGCCAGAAUGAUGUGAAAAUGUGCAAUUGCCAGCAGAAUGAUGUGAAAAUGUGCAAUUGCCAGCAGAAUGAUGUGAAAAUGUGCAAUUGCCAGCAGAAUGAUGUGAAAAUGUGCAAUUGCCAGAAUGAUGUGAAAAUGUGCAAUUGCCAGAAUGAUGUGAAAAUGUGCAAUUGCCAGAAUGAUGUGAAAAUGUGCAAUUGCCAGAAUAAUGUUAAAAUGUGCAAUCAGCAGAUGGUAAAACAAGAAAGGUUGUUCAGAUUGUUUGAAAACAACAUUUCUCAUGGCUAUCUGUAUCUAAGUAUAUGUGCCAAAUGUAAAAUGUUAUCAUAUUUAUUACUGUUUGCAUGUUAAAUUAAAUAUAAAUAUAUUAUCUAUGUAUGAAUA